AUGGUUCGAUUAGUCUUUCGCCCCUAUACCCAAGUCUAUCGAUCGAUUUGCACGUCAGAACCGAUACGGACUUCCAUCAGAGUUUCCUCUGACUUCGUCCUGCUCAGGCAUAGUUCACCAUCUUUCGGGUCGCAACCUGUACCAGCGACAUUAGGAAACUUAGUUACCCGGUUACGUCAACUCUCUCCGGUUCCACUCCAGCGAUUUCACGUUCUCUUGAACUCUCUCUUCAAAGCUGCACUUUCAAGCAACCCGACUCUAAGAUAUAAUCGUACAGCUUGCUCCACUGUCCGCACAGGUCUCGCACCCUCUCAGGAUUGUGGCCCCUACUCAGAAGGGACUUUGGACAUGUAG